AUGGGGUCGAGGGAUCGCAGGAGCCGCUCACGCGAGCGCUCGCGUCGUAGAGAUAGAUCGAGGGACAGGAGCAGGGAGCGCGACCGGCGCCGCAGCCCACGACGGGACCGCGAGCGCCGGCGGGACGGCGACUCGCGCCGCAAGCGCAGCCGGAGCGCGUCGAGCGACAGCGGGAGCGAUGGCGAGCGCGCGCGCAGGAAGGCUGAGAAGCUCACGCGCUACUUGGAGAAGCGCUCUGGCGGGGCCGAGGCGGAACGCUUCGUGUGGGGGAAGAAGAUCGAGCGCGACGUGGCGGCGGGCGCGGACGUGCGGCAGUUCAGCACGCGCGCGGAGGACGAGCGCCGCGUGCAGCGCAUCCAGGAGCUGCAGGAGGUGCGUCGGCAGAUCAAGGAGCGCGAGCUGGAGCGGGAACGGAUGCGGGAGGACAUGGCGGAGCUCGAGAGGAUGAAGAACCAGGAGGAGACGGAGGGGGACCUGGCGCGGGAGCAGGAGUUCCACCUGCGCACGGCGCGGCAGCGGUCCGCGAUCCGUCUGAACGAGGGCCGUCCGAAGCCCAUCGACCGCUGCAUGCUGUGCCUGUACGCGGGGCACGAGGACAUGGGCGUGGCGCGGCCCCCGGAGGCGGCGCCCGCGGUGCUCGCGCCGCUCACGCACAAGGAGGUGGAGGAGCUCGCGGCGGAGGUGGAGGAGAUGCGCGCGCUGGACAGCCACACGGAGGCGGGGAGGGAGUAUUGGGGGGCGCUGAGUCAGCUGUGCGCGUGGGAGCUGGGCGAGAAGGCGCGCAGCGAGGCGAUCGAGCGCGCGCAGGUCCGCGGGGAGCCGCUCGAGGGCCUCGCGCUGACCCCGCUGCAGGAGGCGAUGGAGGCGGAGAUCGCGACGUUGUUUGUGGACAAGGACCGGGCGGCGCUGGACGAGCUGGAGGGCGAGGUGCGCGGGAUGAUCGAGAGCGGGGCGGCGGAGGACCCGGAGUACUGGGACAUGGUGCUGAAGCGGCUGGUGGUCCACCGGGCGCGCGCGGUCCUGCGCGGGGUGCACGCGACCACGCUGGAGCGCGUCGUGGCCAUCGAGGCGGCGCGCGACGCGGCGGGCGGCGCGGAGGGCGCGGCGGUCGGCGCGGACGACCUCGUCGCGGACCUCGGCCUCCCCGCGCAGAACGACGAAGAGAUCGACCUCCCCGACGUGUCGGACGACGAGGACGCCGGCGCGGCGCCCUCCUCCCGGGGCGGGGAGGAGGGCGCGGACGAAGGGGCGGCUGCGGGCGGCGAGGAGGGCGGGGACGCGGACGCGGAGGGUGAGGCCGCGGCGGCGCCGCGGGAGCUCGAGGCGGAGGACCGGGCGGCGUUGGAGCGCGACGACGACGACGCCGGUGCGGCGGUGGCGGGCGGGCCUGCGGGGGACGAGUUCGCGCGGCCGCGCGGGCGGUGGUCGCCGGAGCCGGUGGACUUUGCGCUGCUGCCCGAGGCGGAGCGCGAGGCCGCGGUGACGCUCGCGCACGAGAUGCGGGAGGUGGAGUACAUGCGGGCGCAGGUCAAGUACCGGGCGGCGCUGCGGUUCAAGGCGGCGGCGGCGAUGGCGGUGAUGCAGGGGUCCGGGGACCCGAACGCGGCGGCGCGGAAGGGCCGCGGCGUCGCGGGCGUGCGGCACGGGAUGCUGAAGAACCUGACCGACCAGGCGGAGCAGGAGGGGGCGUACGCGUACCGGACGGGCGGCGUGGACGAGACGGACGAGCGGCACGCGGAGCAGCUCAAGAAGCUGGCCGCGAAGAUGAUGGGUCCGUCCGAGGGCGAGGCGGGGUUCUCGACGGAGGUGGACCUGGACGCGCAGGUGUACUGGUGGCACGACAAGUACAAGCCGCGGCGCCCGAAGUACUUCAACCGCGUGCACACGGGGUACGCGUGGACCAAGUACAACCGCGCGCACUACGACCGCGACAACCCCCCCCCCAAGUCGGUCACGGGGUACAAGUUCAACGUGUUCUACCCGGACCUCAUCGACAAGACCAAGGCGCCGUCGUUCAAGAUCGAGCGUGACCCGGAGUCCCCCGACGGCUCCACGUGCAUCCUGCGCUUCGUCGCGGGCCCGCCGUACGAGGACGUCGCGUUCCGCAUUGUCAACCAGGAGUGGGAGUACUCGCACAAGAAGGGGUUCAAGUGCGUGUUCGACCGCGGGAUCCUGCACCUGUUCUUCAACUUCGUGCGGCAGAGCUACCGCCGGUGA